GAUACUAUUCAAAAAUCAAUAGACCAGGAUCAUCACAUAGACUUUGCCAUCAUAGAUAUUUCCAAAGCUUUUGAUCGCACUUGGCGCCAUUCCAUUCUUUCUCAACUAGCUUUUUGGGGCUUUGGUGGCCGGCUCACUAAUUUCAUAGACAAUUUUUUUACAGACAGAUCAUUUAGAGUCCUAAUCGGUAAUAGUGUUUCUAAUCCAUAUCCUCUAGAAAACGGUGUCCCUCAGGGCGCCAUCCUUUCUCCUACACUUUUCCUUAUCAGUAUAGAAUCUCUGUUUUGCUCCAUUCCAUAUGAAAUCAAACCUUUUGUCUAUGCUGAUGAUAUCAUUCUGGUCUCUUCAUCGAGAUCUGUUAGCACGUCUCGUCAGCUUCUCCAAAAAGGAGUUGACAAGAUAAGGCAAUGGUCUCGGUGGACAGGUCAUGAAAUAUCCCAUUCCAAAUCUCAAAUCCUUCAUAUCUGCAAAAUGGGCUUUCAUCGCAAACUACCAAUCAAACUUCACAACCACAUCAUACCAAAUGUAAACUCAGCGAAAAUAUUAGGUGUUACAUUUGACACAAAACUUACUUUCAUUCCCCACUCCAACCGGAUAAGAAAAGAAGCAAAAACCAGACUGAACCUCUUUAGGAUGUUAGGAGCUGGACAACAUCGUGCAUCACGUCUAACACUUCUGCAGAUCCUCAAUAGCUGGCUGCUUCCCAAAAUUCUCUACGGUAUUGAGAUUGUCUCUCGGCAACGAGAAAACUUUGAGAAGCGUAUUGCUCCCAUAUACCAUACAGCCAUCCGCCUUUCAACUGGAGCCUUCUGCACCAGUCCAAUCCUCUCUCUACUUUGUGAGAGCGGACUUCUUCCUUUUGAUUACAUUAUCACCAACAGAUUAACAGCAGCAGCAGGACGCAUCCUAGAGAAGGACAUCAAAGCCGAAUCAUUUAUCAACAGAGUCAAUGCACAAUUUCAUGCCCUUACCAACAACCAGCUUCCCCAUAUCAGCAAGCUUACCGGACGCGGAGGACGCCCUUGGUAUCGUCAACCGCCUACAAUUGACUGGUCUUUAAAAGAUAAACUACGUGCAGGAAAUUGCAGCCAUAUCGCCGGCCAUCAUUUUACCAGUCUCAUCCAAAGCAAAUACCAGAAUCACCAUCAUAUCUUUACCGACGGCUCUGUCCUCAACGAAUCCGCCGGUUUCGGUAUUUUCUCCUCCAACAACAGUUGUGCCAUCAAACUACCAGACCAUACCUCUAUAUUCUCAGCUGAAGCAAUAGCCAUGAUAGUCGCCGCGCAAGAAGGUAUUUGCCUUAAUAAACCAAAUAUUAUUUUCACCGACAGUGCCAGUGUUUUAGCCGCCCUAGAAUAUGGUAACAUCCGAGAUCCGCACAUCCAACUAUUAGAUCAACUAGAUAACUCCCCGGUUAUAACAUUCUGCUGGAUACCUGGUCACUCGAGUAUCAGCGGAAACGAGAAAGCUGACCAACUUGCAAACCAGGGUCGGCUCCGUCCUCCAGAAAACAACACAACCAUAGCCCGCAGAGACUUCAACAAAUGGAGCAAAACAAUAGUUGACGAAAAAUGGAACCUCACCUGGCACCGGAAACAAAAUUCUAUUCUUCGAACCAUCAAACCAUCAACAACAGCCUGGAAAGACACACACUCCAGCCAGAACCAACGAGUGCUAUCACGCCUCAGGAUUGGACACACCCGGCUUACACAUUCCUAUCUCCUAGAAAAGUCCAGUCCACCGUUAUGCAGCUUUUGUGGCGUAAACAUUACUGUUCGUCAUAUUCUCACCGAUUGCCAUGGAUAUACCACCGAACGCGCCUUAUGCCAUCUUGAUACCAGCAUAGACAUCAUCCUAUCACCCGACCCCAAAUGUCAGCGAAAACUCCUCAAAUUCCUCCGUAUGACAAACCUUUAUGAAGAAAUUUAG